UCUUCUGUCACUCUUUUCCCCUCUCUCUUCCCCCUCUCUUCUCGCUCUCUCCCCCCCAUUCUCUCCCCCCCCUCUCUCUCUUACCCCCCUCUCUCUCUCUUCCACCCUCUUCUCUCUGUCUUAUUUCCUCUCCCCCCCCCCCUCUUCUCUAUGUCUUAUUCCUCUCUUUCUCUUCCCCCUCUCUCUUCCCCCUCUCUCUCCCCCAGUCCUCUCUUUUCUCUCCCUCCCUCUCUUCUUCCUGUCUCUUCUCUCUUCCCCCCCUCUCUCUUCACUCUCUCUCUUCCCCCCUCUCUCUUCACUCCCCCCCUCUCUCUUUUCUCUCCCCCUCUCUUCUCUCCCCCCUCUCUCUUCUCUCUCUCCCUCCACAGUCUCUGGCCAUCUCCUGUACUAUGUCCGCAGUCUCUGGUCAUCUCCUGUACUAUGUCCGCAGUCUCUGGUCAUCUCCUGUACUAUGUCCGCAGUCUCUGGUCAUCUCCUGUAAUAUGUCCGCAG